GGCGCUGCGGCCCUGCGCUCAUGGCGCUGUACCAGCUCUUCUCGCACCCGGUCGAGCGCGGCUACCGCGCGGGGCUCUGCUCCAAGGCCGCGCUCUUCCUGCUGCUGACCACCGCGCUCACCUACAUCCCCCCGCUGCUGGUGGCCUUCCGGAGCCACGGGUUUUGGCUGAAGCGGAGCAGCUACGAGGAGCAGCCGAACGUGCGCUUCCAGCACCAGGUGCUGCUCGUGGCCCUGCUGGGGCCCGAGCCCGGAGCCUUCCUCGCCUGGAGCACGUUCCCCACCUUCAACCGGCUGCAGGGGCCUCACCUGCGCGUCCCGCUCGUGUCGACCAGAGAAGAAGACAGGAACCAGGAUGGGAAGAUGGACAUGCUACAUUUUAAACUUGAACUUCCCCUGCAAUCCACAGAGCAGGUUCUUGGUGUACAGCUUAUCCUGACCUUCUCCUACCAACUGCACAGGAUGUCAACCUUCGUGAUGCAGAGCAUGGCAUUUCUUCAGUCCUCCUUUGCUGUUCCUGGGUCACAGUUAUAUGUGAAUGGCGACCUGAGGCUGCAGCAGAAGCAGCCACUGAGCUACCGCAGCCUAGACGUCAGAUACAAUGUAUCCGUGAUCAAUGGGACUAGUCCUUUUGCUCAUGACUACGACCUCACUCACAUUGUUGCUGCCUAUCAGGAAAGGAACGUUACCACUGUCCUGAGCAACCCCAACCCAAUCUGGCUGGUGGGCAGGGCUGCUGAAGCUCCGUUUGUAAUCAAUGCCAUCAUCCGAUAUCCUGUGGAAGUCAUUUCUUACCAGCCAGGAUUCUGGGAGAUGAUGAAGUUUGCCUGGGUCCAGUAUGUCAGCAUCCUGCUCAUCUUCCUCUGGGUGUUUGAAAGAAUCAAAACCUUCGUGUUUCAGAAUCAAGUAGUGACCUCCAUCCCUGUGGCCGUGCCCCAGGGAGAGGUAGGAAAAGAGCACUUAUCUUGAGAAGACCACCCCAUCUGGAGACUCUAGGGACCGUGGCUACCUCGCUCUUGUCUUCUGAGAACUGCCCUUUUGCAGCAUCUCCGCAACUAGCCUGUUGGACACAUUCAGGCCUGAAUGUUUUCCCCUUAGAAACAAAGAAUGGUUUUUCCAGAGUCACACUGCAUAGACCCUGUGCCUUCAAAGCACCGAGGAACUCCGCUAGGACUAGUGCGGAGGGAGGUCACGGGGUUACUGGGGCCUGUGAUCUUUGUUUUGUUUCUGGUUUUGCUUUGGCCUUGAGUUUUAGGAGAAGACUGCAGCCAGUUCCUACAUCUUUGAAAGAGCCCCACUUCUGGUCAAGCAAGGACUUCUCCUUUUGGACCCCACCCCCACCCCACUCCCCACCCGCCCACCCCGGUCCUAAGUGACUUUUCAGCCUCUCCCAGGGCUGAAAAGAGAAAUAUGCAAGUCCCUAGUACUUUGUCCUCCUAGGUGUCUACACAGUGCCCAUUCAGAACUUUGAUUUCCAGACCUGAAGACUUUAACUGGAGAACUGAAGGGGGCAGGGCAGGACCUAAACACAAGAGCCCCAGAAACAUUAAGUUACCCGCAUGCUGGUGGGUAACUUAAGGGCAGGAGGACUAGACACCUGCCCUCAGGCUCAUAGAUGGAGGUCUGUCAGCGGCUCAGCUGAACAGCCCUCUGUUCCUGCCCUGCUGUGGCUGGCUCUCUGCCCUGCUUCUUGCCCUCUGUCUGCCCCUGGGAUGGCGGCUGGAGUCAGAAGUGUUGUCUCAUUCCGUCUGUCCCCCACCCCCAGCGCCAGUGGAGGAUGUUGGGCUUCUAACAACAGGUUCUUUCUCUCUGGCCCUCACCCAACAAGCCUGGCCACUUGCCACUCCUCCUCUUCCAUGGCCUUCCCCCUUUCUGAAAGGAUAUGGGUGACAGAGGGGUUUGUUGUUGGUGUUGGCAUCCAUUGCCUGACAACCGCAGGGUUUAUUCAGAGGCUGAGCUGGAAGCUCAGUUGCCUGCAGUUAGUUCCCUUGACUAAGGAAAAGGGAACUCACCAGAGGGGAGGCUUUGGGGAGGGCACGAGGAGCAGAGAGCGUAGAAAAGGUUAGGCAGAGCAUCUAAUCCAGCCUGCCUACUAACAGAGUACAAGCAACCCAGCAAGAUGGCCCUCUGGCCAAUUUAAAUACAUAUCUACAAAGAACACGGCCAGAACAGGCGUCUGCUUCACAGAGCCUCGUUCUUGUCCUGAGCAAUUGUGCCGUCUUAAGGAGCGGUGGCUCUGUUUAUGACUGCACCAUGCCUUCACGCCUUCAGCCCUGGAAGGACUCACCUGCCCCUACCGUCCAUGCCUCACAUAACCACACACACUGUAUCUCAGUUUACUUUGGAGAGAGACUCGGCUCUGAUUUUCGGAGCACAUUUCUGUCAGCCCUAGCAAAGUAAGAAUUUUGAAAACAAAGCUAUUUUGAAGUAUUCAACAGAAAAAGUCCCCAGUACUAGUUUCUCUGACUUAAAAUGUUACAGCCACAUAUGCCUCUAUUUUUUUUUUUUUUUCUGGAGAUUUAAAUGAAAAAUGUUCUGAUUUCCAUUUCAAAAAGGUAUGGGAGUGUUAGGGGUAUGGCUCAGUUGGAAGAGUGCUUGCCUGACAUGCUCUUUGGAGUCCUGGGUUCCACCCCCAACAAUGUAUAAACCCUGAAACCCCAGCACUCCAGAGGUGGAGGCAGAUGGAACAGACGUUCUAAAUCAUCCUUGAGUUAGAGCCCAGCCUGGGACACUUCAGAUGCUGUCUCAAAACAAGAAAAUGGCGGGGAGGGCUGAUCAGUUCAUCAGAAUAUGUUGUUUGGGAAAAAAAAAAAGAAAGAAAGAAAACCAAAGACACAGGCUACUUUGUGUUACAUUAAACUAUUCUGUGCAAAAUUUGUAUAGAGAACUCAAUGGUGUUUUAUAACUUUAUAAUUAAAAUAUUCA